AUGCAGAAUCUGCGGUGCCUUGACUUUAGCAAUGACAGUUUUAACAGCCCAUCGGGGCGCCCUCCAGUACAGACCGAGAUAUUCAGGGAGUUGCAGCAAGCUAGAAAGUUGGAAAGACUGAGGCUAGAAGCAGUUGGUAUAGUCAAAACCAAAUCUCUGGAACUUAUCCCUUUAACGGCCCCGUUGCGCGUGUUGGAGAUCACCUUUACUACAUUCCGGGCAGUUGAUCUAUUCGCAAUCGGCAACUUCGUGGGUACAUUUGAGAGCCCUGAGGCUGAUCAAGGUGUGGAUCAGUGUUGGGUAUGGGAAGACGUCUUUAAUGUCAUCCUGUCCUCGCCCUCGCUCACCAAAUUGUAUAUUUGCAACGGCUGGGGAUACCACCCUAAGCAGAGGACUGGCGUUGCAGACAAGCCGUAUGAUCGAGAUAUUAUUGCAUACAAUAUAUGCAUGGACCAAGUGUAUCGGAAUAGGGAGCACCUCGGGCGUCGAGGACGCGCUGAAAAUGAUGAUAACUACCCCCAGAUUGACCACCAGGAUCGCUGCGUGUCUUUCAAAUCGGCGGAGAGUAUGUGCAUAGCACAGGGAGUGCAUUACGGCGUGUUCCCGCGGAGAUUCAAUCAGUCCCUUUCAUUCAAGUCAAUGGACAGAGUUGCUGAGUGCUUUUGUGGGGAUUGA